GUUUGCUCCAGCCCCUUGUAGCGGUCGGUCGCUGCUGGUUGCGCGCAGUGGCGUCUGGCAGCAGGAAUUUGGGGAGUGGAAAUUCCGCUGUUACUUUCACGGCUCGCCUCGUAUUUUCUGACAUUUCUUGCUGUGGCGGUCAGCAGUCAGUCGCUGCGAUCAGAGAGAGGCGGAGAGAGAGCCGAACUGAAAGAAGGAGUACAGAUCUGGAGAGCGCCGAUGUUCCCGGCGGUUGGUUUUUCUCUGAAUCUCGUUUAACUACUGAUUUCUCUCUUUAAUUCUCCGCUUGGAAGUACGUCCAUCGCUCCUGUUUGGUGUGAGAAGUGAGAGGUUUGACAAAGAGUCGAAGGGCGCACAGCUGCCACUUUUGGCGAACGGAUUUUUCCCUUUUUUGAAUCUUCGUCUCCUUUUUUUUUUCUGCAUUUGGAUUAUUUUUUUUCUCCAGGAGAUGGCAAGUUGUUCCCUGACAGACGCGGGGAUCUGGUGCUGAAGCUCGCAGGAUGCUGGGGACCCUACAACAACCAGAUCUCUUACUUUGAGACAAUCUUCGGUUAUAUUCCUCUUUUGGACGUAGCCCCCCUCCCUGGACGCUUUUGCCCUCCCGUUUGUCUUUCUUUUCUUUUACAGAAUGUAUGUGUUGUACAAUCUAAGGGUGCUAUUGUCCCUUUUCACCCAAGCCAUCUUGGUUGCUUCGUUGACUCAGACUGAUAAAUGCGGAGGGAAUAUAGAGAUACACACCGCGGACUACCUGACCUCCCCGGGCUAUCCCGGCGCCUACCCGCCCUCCCAGCAGUGCGUGUGGGUGAUAACAGCGCCUGAGCCCGGUCAGAAGAUCCUCAUCAACUUCAACCCGCAUUUUGAUCUGGAAGACAGAGACUGCAAGUACGACUACGUGGAGGUUUACAAUGGCGGGGACGAGCUUUCAGCCAUGUUGGGGAAGUUUUGCGGGAAGAUUGCACCGUCUCCAAUCAUCUCCAGCGGCAGCCAGCUCCUCAUCAAGUUCGUCUCUGACUAUGAGACACACGGAGCGGGGUUCUCUGUUCGCUACGAGGUCUUCAAGACAGGUCCAGAAUGUUCCAGGAACUUUACGGCUCCCAGAGGCGUCAUCAAAACGCCGGGCUUCCCCGAGAAGUACCCCAACAACCUGGACUGCACCUUCAUGAUAUUUGCCCCCAAGAUGACUGAGAUCGUGGUGGAGUUUGACAGCUUCGACAUGGAGCCCGACACCACGCCGCCGCCGGGCGCCCUCUGCCGAUACGACUGGCUGGAGAUCUGGGACGGCUUCCCCGCAGUGGGUCCUCACAUUGGCCGGUAUUGUGGCCAGACGUCCCCGGGCCGUGUGAUUUCCUACACCGGCAUCCUGUCCAUGACCAUCACCACCGACAACGCCAUCGCCAGAGAGGGAUUCUCCGCCAACUACACCAUCCGCGAGAGGAGCCUCCCCCCGGGCCACGAGGAUGAGGGCUUCGCGUGUAUGGAGGCACUGGGCAUGGAGUCGGGGGAAAUUUCCUCAGAUCAGAUCACCGCCUCCUCCCAGUACAACAGCAACUGGUCGCCCGAACGCUCGCGUCUCAACUACCAGGAGAACGGCUGGACGCCCUCAGACGACACCGUCAGGGAGUGGAUACAGGUGGAUUUGGGAUUUCUCCGAUUCGUCACGGCCAUCGGGACGCAGGGAGCGAUCUCAAAAGAGACCAAGAAGCACUACUAUGUUCGCUCGUACAAAGUGGACCUGAGCUCCACCGGAGAGGACUGGGUCACCGUGAAGGAGGGCUCAAAGCAGAAGAUCUUUCAGGGGAACCACAACCCAACAGAUGAGGUUCACGCCUACCUCCCCAAACAGACUCUAGCUCGCUACAUCCGCAUCCGUCCCAUAUCCUGGGAGCAAGGCAUCUGUAUGCGCUUUGAGAUAUACGGCUGCAGAACAUCAGACUACCCAUGUUCAGGGAUGCUGGGGAUGGUCUCAGGUCAGAUCUCAGACGCUCAGAUCAAUGCCUCGUCGUAUGCUGACCGGGGCUGGGUGGCUGAAAACGUCCGCUUAUUGACGGGGAGAUCGGGCUGGACUGGGCAGCAAACCAAGCAGCCCUUCAGAAACGAGUGGCUACAGGUGGAUCUGGGCCAGGACAAGAUGGUGAGCGGCGUGGUGAUCCAGGGAGGGAAACACCGCGACAGGAACGUAUUUAUGAAGAAGUUUAGGGUGGGCUACAGCCUGGACGGAGUGGACUGGACCAUUGUCAAGGAGGACAACACCACCAAGCCCAAGAUAUUCUCCGGGAAUCAGAACCACGACACCCCAGAGCUGAGGUCGGUGGGUUCCCUCCUGACCCGCUUCGUCAGGAUCUACCCAGAGAGAGCCACCAACGAGGGCCUGGGCCUCCGACUGGAGCUGCUGGGCUGUGAACUGGACGACAUUACGACUACAGCACCUCCCACCACGCCUAUCGCCUCCACACUUCCCAUGACCACGUUCGGAGCGACCACCACUGCGCCGAUCACCAUCCCCGGCACGACCCAGACUACAGACUGUGAGGAAGGACAACAGGACUGUGGCGGCGAGACCGAAGCACCCGAUGACUACGACACAGGGACAGGAGUCGCCACAACGCUCAACCCCAUCAUGGAAAUCCUACCAGCGUACGUGUGGUUCGCCUGCAACUUUGACUUCUCGUCGCUCUGCGGCUGGACCGAAGAGACCGGGAUGGGGGCUGAGUGGCUGAUCCAGACCAAGGGGGCUCCUGCCGUCCACAGAGGACCGACCCUGGACCACACAGGCGGACCGGGGAACUUCAUCUACAUGCAGCUGAGUGACACAGACGUGUCGAGUAAGACCGGCGAAGAUGAUGAUAAAGAGGAGAAGGUGGCGAGCUUGGUCAGCCUGCCCAUCACCGCCACAGACAUCGACCUGUGCAUGUCCUUCUGGUAUCACAUGUUUGGUGAACACGCAGGAGCUCUUCACAUCAAGCAGAGGAAGCAGGCGAAGCCGGGGCAGAUCCUGUGGACGGUCAGCGGUCACCAGGGCAGCCGGUGGAGGGAGGGACGAGUUUUACUGCCACACUCCAGUGUCUCAUAUCAGGUGAUUGUGGAAGGCGUUGCAGACAAACGCAGUGCAGGUCACAUAGCUGUGGACAAUAUCCAGAUCCUGGAUGGACUCCAUCCUGAGGAGUGCAAAGACCCAGAAGCUCCUACAUCUCCGCCAACUGAGAUCUUCAUCCUACCGAUGGACUCCCUCUCGCAGGAGACCAGUGAACUCGGCGGCCCCGGCAACAUGCUGAAGACCCUGGACCCCAUCCUCAUCACCAUCAUCGCCAUGUCAGCGCUGGGCGUCUUCCUGGGCGCCAUCUGCGGCGUUGUCCUGUACUGCGCCUGCUCGCAGGGCAGCAUGACGGACAGGAACUUAUCCGCCCUGGAAAACUAUAACUUUGAGCUGGUGGAUGGUGUGAAGCUAAAGAAGGACAAGAUGAAUGGACAGACUAACUAUUCAGAAGCGUGAGGGGCAAAGAGAGACGGAGCUGCGAUUGCUCCGCAUGGACACGUGAUGCAGCCAAUCAAGCGGGAGAAACAUAGGGCUGAGGCCACCAAUGGGACGGCAGGGUGGGCUGAUAGUGAGCCAAUGUAAUUUUUUUUCUCAGGAGCGGCAGUGGAAGGGACUGACCUGUAGGGGGCACUGUGUAUAAAGAAUCUGUACAGCAAAAAAAAAAGAAGAAAACUAAGGAUUCUAUUUGUUUUUUGGCGUGCUUUGUUGAUUUCAUGUAAUCACAUGCUGGUGUUGAGACCAAUUCAGAUGAAAGUAUCGUUUGUGUACUUUUAUGGAAAGAUAAGAUUUGAUUUUUCUUUGUUUUUGUUUUUGUUUUGUUUUUGUUGUCUUUUUUCAAAUGUCAUAGUUUCACAGAAAGAGCGGAGUAUGUGAAAAUCACCAUUCUGAUAUCUGGCUCGUUAGCUGGCCAUAUGUCCCUGUGAGUGAGUGUAUGAGUGUGUGUGUGUGUGUGUGUGUGUGUGUGUGUGUGUGUGUGUGUGUGUGUGUGUGUGUCACAUUCAUAUACAUCUGCAUUUAAGGUGUGUAUGUGUCUAGGUGUGUGCGUGUAUGUGUGCUCAUGUUACCUGUAAACAUGAAGUGCAAGCAUCUUUCUGUGUGUAUGUGUGUGUGUGUGUGUGUGUGUGUGUGUGUGUGUGUUUAUGUGUGAAGGCGGGUACCAUCGUGACCUGUGUCUAGUUCCGACAGUGCCUUUUUCUUUUCCUCCAACUUUUCUGUUGCCUUGUUUUCUGCUGGUUGUUUUUCUCAUCGGCUGGCGUUCCGUCCAGGGUUCCUACACAGACACGUGGACAGAUCCGGAAAACUAAUUUUAUACGACUGCAGUCUUGUAGUGUACUGUCAAAUAUCACACGUGCUGGUGUAGAUCUGAAGAUCUUCUUGCCUUGAUGACAGUUGUACUUAUUAAAAUGUUGAAGUCCAAGGGAAGCAGUUAACAUUUAGGUUUGGGAAAGCUUUGAGAUUUCAGAAUGGAGAAUGUGUAGGAGCCCUGAAUGCCUCAUUUUCAUGGCACAUGACACAUCCAACAUAUUGUACAUAGGUUUUAAUAUAUUUGAGCGCCCUUUUCUAUAGAAAAAGACACCAGUGCCGCAGUAUCCUUUCUAUGUUGUUGGAAUCAAGCUCGCCCUAAACUCCAAAAUUCAGAAAAUGUACAGAAACUACUAGUUUUAACAGACAGAGGCACAAAUAGUGUUGUUUGUGUUUCCUUUACAUGUGUGAGCUGGUCGCCAUUUUGUCAGUUUUGUCGUCGCCUGGUUUCUGUUUGUGCUCUGGGAAGAACGAUGGAAAUGGCUUUGAGAUUGUGGAGAAAUGCCUCAUGGGGAAGCGAUGUUUUUGUACAGGGUAAAACAAACCACCUCAGUACCGCUAAGAUGACGACAGCACGUCAAGGAUGGACCGUCGGGAUUGAGAUACUUUAUAUUUCUGCUAACACAAUGACUGUGAAACAUUAAACCAGAAGUGUGUCCAGCAGUCCAUCAGAAAGACUCUGAGUGUCUCUCUCCGGGUCCAUCAGCGUCUUUUAUUGAGCUGACAGCAUGUGCAGGCUCUGAAUGUCUUGAGUGAUAAAGCAAGAACUAAUGUUUGCCAUGACAAUGCUGUUCUCUCUGUCAGUGUAUUUCCUGUGUUGACUAUCAAAGGAGAAAUAUUUGAAUGGAGCAAAAAAUGACCCCAACAGGUGACUAAAUGAUCUGAUCGAGUAGUCUGGGAAUAACACACACAAUUAAGUCACAUUUUCAUACAGAGAUGAGUUUUACCAGCUAAUCAGAGCAGAGACCCAACAAAAUGUCCCAUAAACCCAUAGGGCUCAUUAUCUUCUUCUAGUUUAUUUUUAAACCUCUGAAAAUUGGAUUUUAAAAUUUCCCCGGACAGCACUCUGUUGUUUUUUGUUUCUUCGCUUUUUUCCGUGGGUUUCUGCAGCAGCUCGAUUUGUAUUUCAUCCCUGUUUUACUCAUCACUCUCUCUUUGCAGGAGCAUUAUCUUAGCUGUCAACAUCACAAAAGGCUCAUAUACCCUGCAAUCUACAGUGAUCAGUGCCCUCUUAUCAACUCUGUCCCACUCUGUGAGGACAUUUUUUUUUUUUAAAACCUGGGUAUUCUUUAGUGAAAGAAUUGACUGAAAACGACAAGCCUUAUAAAUACUGUACUAAUAAUACUGCUUUGUUGUGUUUUAGCUUUUGUAGCUAAAUGUGUUGUGAUACUGGUCACUUGUUCAUAGCACUGUAUAGAUGGGAGGAUUGAGUCUCGAAAACCAGAAAUGUCACCGAUCACUAGCUCACUGGUAUCAGUGAAUAACCUCCAGCAGAUGUUUUAUGUUCACUCUGUCAUAAUUAACAAGUUAUUGUAUGCUGGGCAAGACAGAUACUUAACUUACAAAGAUUCAAAAGCCAUUGGAAAAAAAAGCAGGUAUGAUAGUUUGACAUAUUGCCACUGGCAACUGGAAGAACUACAAUGUUUGUUCCAGUGUAAUUCCUGUUGCAGUGCACUGUGGAAGUUAAACCUGACCAUUUAUAAUGUAGCAUUAUGUGACAUUGUGUGAGCUCCAAAUGUGAAGUGAGACUUUUAGUCAGUAGUCAAUAUAGGAUCAAUUGUUUCCUUUUAAGAUCAGGCUUUAGAGACAUCAAGUUUCCCCGUUUUUGUUGUAAAGGAAAUCAACCUCCUCAGCUGGCUCUGUUUAAAUCAAAUCAUUGUUUCAGCAAAGACUGACUGAACAUUUCCAAUCCAAUUAAGGUGCUCUAACUGUUGAGAUUAUUAGCUUUUGAAAAUCACACUGGUGCAUCAGUCUCUGUUUUUUUUCUGGAAAAUAUCAAUAUGUUUACAGCAAACGAAGCAGACGAGAUUAUGGGUGUCACAAAAUGUAAUUUCAAUCUGACAGAAUGUGCUUCUGAUGUUUCAGUCGGACGUCAAUCCUUCCCCUUUAAACAAGAAAGGAUGCUGCAGCACUAGAUGUGAAAACAAAUGUUGCACUGAUAUAUUUAAAAAAAAAAAUCUGUGUUUAUGAUGUUGAUUUAUGAAAAGAGAGAAAGAAGGAAGGAGAAGACAGUGUUAUUGUUGCUUCUUUUUAACACGAUUUCAGAUGACAAUGUUAUAAUUCUGAAAAGUACAACUUACAGAGAUGUUUUUCAUUCUCGAAAAAAGCUUAUAUGCGUCUCUUUGAAAACGUAACAAUUUUAUUUACUUGGUAUAAUAUCACCUUGUGUUUUUGUCACUGAUGUACGUGCCAUUGUUUUUAUUUUUUAUUUUUCUUUGUAUGACAAGAAAAAAAAGUGUUUUAUUUUCAAUACUGCUUCUGUAAUUUUUGCUGUCUCAGAUCCAGAAAAAAAACAAGAGAGGAAAUAAGGAAGUAAAAAAAUGGAAAAGCAGUGAGGCCUUAAGUGACUAAAAGUAUUGUUUGUACUUUGACUUUCUGGUCAGCACCCAGACUCAUCCGUCUCUGUUGUCUCAGACUCUGAUCAUUAACUAUUACAUUCCAAAGAAUUGGAUCAAAUAAAUGUUUUAAGUAAAA